AUGGUCUGGCUGCUCGAGUGCGACUUUGCCAACACCGAGGCACCGCCAACGCGCCGCCUGCUGCGCCCCAGCAAGUCGUACGCCUUCGGACGCAAGCCGCCGGCCGACAUCAUCAUCGCCAGCAAGCAGGUCUCGCAGGAUGCCGGGCGCAUCAGCGUCGCCGCCUUCAGCGCCGAUUGCGUCGCCGACGCCGCCGCACGCCCGGCCGUGACGCUGCACGCGGGGCGCAAGGGCAUGCGCGUCAUCCUGCCCGCCGACGAGCCGGCGUACCGCGCCAACCUCGCCGGCUUCGUCGGCGCCGUCGUCGAGCCGGACACGGAGCGCCGCGUCGACGACCAGUCGCUCGUCGUCGUCGCCAAGAGCGUGCCGACGCCGCGCCUGGUGUGGCAGAACUUCACCUUCUGCGUGCACCGCGAGACGGCAAAGGAGAUGGAGCCGCGCGUUGCCGCUGCCGCAGUCAUGGGCGCUCACAUCGUCGUCAGCAAGACGUUUGCCGCGGCCGACUACUACGUGACGAACAAGGCGAGCCUCACGACGCGCCUCAUGCUGGCGCUCACGAAUGGCGUGCCCAUCGUCUCGAUGGCGUACCUCGACGAGGUGCUGCGCCUCGGGGCCCUCGCCGAUGGCGCCGAGAGCUCGCUCGAGACGAGCUUCGAUAUGCCCGACCCCGACAUGUACAAGCCCGAGCCGCUGAACAUCGAGCAGGCCGCAGAGGGCGAGUUUGACACCCACGCCUUUCUCGAUAUGCUCAGCGUCGACGUGCGCCGCCGCACUCUUCUCGUCGGCACCACAGCGCUCUUUAUCCGCACUGGCACGGAAGAGGCGAGCGCACAGAUGAUGCUGGCUGAGCUAGCUGGUGCGAAGAACGAGUCGAUUGAGUCGAGCAGCAGCUACCUCGAGAGCGACAGCAACCUGCGCCGCAUCCUGCAGCAGCACAAGACGAAGGCUGCGGCUCGCCUGGCUGCGCUGCCUGAUGCUGCUGAGGUUUCCAAGCGCGCACCUGAGGGCGGCCUCGUCAUUCUCGUCGAGGCUGCCAUCCGCUGCGGAGAGGAAGAGUGGUACAGGCGCCUGGCGCGCAUCGCCUCGGAGCUCGGCAUCAGCAUGCCCGACCCUGGCGCCACGAAUAUCUCGCAGGCGAUUCUCCAUGUCGACGUCCGCACGUUCCUCGGCUCAGCGCCAUCGUCCGAGAGCGCGCCGAGCCUGCGGGACCAGCCAACGCAAGACUACACAACGCAGCCGCCUGCCGAGUCUCUGCGCUCGGGCGGCUCGCAGACGACCCAGGAGCCUGUGACGCAGGCCCCUGAGUCGAUGGCUCCUCCCACGCCGCCGCUGCCCGCGCCAAGUGCAGGCGCCGCUGAUGCGCCGAUGUCUGCGCCCGCGGCUCCAGUGAAGAGGCAGCUGAAGCGUCGCGCCGACACUGGGAGCGUGGCCAAUCCGCUGGAUGCGCUCUUUGCGAUGGAUGACGACCCGUCGUCACGACCAGCGCCAGUGCAGUCACUGCUGUCGUCGGAGCAGAGCGCGCCUCGCUCUGCUCCACGCCUCAAGCGCCGCGCCGGUGCUCGACCCUCAGACGCGUGGAACGCCGCCUUUGGCGGAGGGCCCAGCGCAGAGGACAUGCUCGCAGAGAGCAGUGGAAGCGGUGCGGCAAACGCCGGCUUCUCGGCGUCGGCAUCGCUGGGCGCCUCGCUCGACUCCACGGGGCAGCUCAAGAGCAAGCGCUUCCGUGCGCAGCUCGAUCAAGAAGACGCACGCGCGCGGGCGGAGGCCUCAGGUGUCCCCUACGUUGAGCCUGCGCCUCCGCCAACAGCCACGCAAGGGGCGGACGCAGGUCGUGCGGACGUAGCGAUGGAUGACGCACCGGCGCCGUUCGAGAAGGAGAAGCGCAGCAAGCGGCCUGCGCCUGCAAGUCCGAGCGAUGAGUCGCCUCAACGUCCGCGCGCCAAGCGCGUCGAGGGCGAGGCCGAACGUGCCCGCGUGGGCACUGGCGCCGACGAGGAGCCUGAGCGCAACGGCGUGCGCCGCGAGCGGCCUGGCCAGGCGGGCAUCGCCCCAGGCGAGAAGGCACAGCGCGAUGAGGGCUUCCUGAUGGCGCUCAAGAGCCGCAGCAAGGGCCGUGCCAAGCUCGACCGCUUCGACGAGGAGUUCAACCGCCUGCGCAUCGCGCGUCCGCCGAACGCCGGCGGCUGCCUCGCCGAUCCGCUGAUCGUCAACCCGGCUGAUGUGGACGACCUGGCGUACGAGGCGUUCAAGGCCGCGCCGCCCGAGCAGCUCGAGGAGCUCUUCCGCAUCUCGGCCGCGGGCAACUUCGUCGAGGUCGACUUUGUGCCGCUCGUGCGUCAGCGGCCGGCGGCAGCCGUCGUCGUGCGUGAUGCGAGCGUGCCAAACUUCAAGAAGUUCAAGUCGACGAACCGCACCAAGCGCACUCCGAUCGCGCUGAGCCUGCCAGACGAGAAUGACUAUGUGUCUGGAACGCGUCGCGCCGGGCCCUCCGUGCCGUCUGCGAGCGUUCGACCUUCUCAGAUCGACGAGCUCGACCAAGACGACGGCGACGUGCUGGCCGGCCUGCACGCGCCGGCGGCGCCCGCCCGCGGCAAGAAGAAGAAGAGCAUCUUCGCCAGCGUCUCGGACAGCGAGAGCGACGGCGCCGGCGAGGGCGACGAGGCGCCGCUGGGCGGCAGGCGCGUCGGUCGCAGAGCGACGGGACGCGACAGCGGCGGCAGGAGCCGCGCUGUAGUGCGUGACGAGGAGGAGAGCGAGCCGGAGGCGGACGAGCAGCGCAGCCCCGAGCCCGACCUGCGCCUCGACGUCGACUACGCCCCGAUGGACCUCAGCGCCGACAUGGGCCCGCCGCGCACGGCGACGCGCCAGCGCAAGGGCACCGCCGUUCCGAGCAGCAGCCGCCAGCGCACACGCGAGUCGCCGGCCGCGGCGCCCGGCCGCUCGGACUCGCAGGUGGACCAGCUCAUCAUCGACGACGACGAGGACGGCGAGGUGUUCAGCGGCUUCAAGCGCAAGAAGGCGCCGAGCGCAUCUGCAGGCGGCAGCAAGCGCACUCGCCGCUGA